CAAAGUAAACCUUGUGGCCUUUGAAAAUGUCACUCGAUUUGACAUACAAAGCGAUCAAUCCUUGAUGCGGUGUUAAAAUAACCUCAAACACUCGUUAAAAUCGCAGAACCUUCUUCCCCCCUACCUGAACACGAAAGAACACAAACACCGUAGAACAGCGCCACUAAAAAAGUCCCUGGGGAGAGAACCUGUUUCCAGCUGCCAAUUAGGAUUAUUCUAUGACCACAGAGGGAGCUCGCGAACAAAGUCGGUUGCGAGCGGUUGCCGAAAUUUUCAUUUUGACAACGUGAAUUAUCUCGCAUCUCAUUGUAAAGACCAGAGGGGUUCGACGUGGGGAGUCUGUUCUUCUCAACACUUGUGAUUGUGUUUACAGUGGCGAUAGCCUGCGUUCAUUUGCUCUGAUGGCUACACAACGCAAGCGUCCGAGGACGGCUUCUCCGAGUCGAGAACCGACAAAAUUUCGUAAACUUCACAAAGAAAUACAACAAAAUGAACCUUUAUCUCUGUUGGAUUUAAGCGCUCAAUGCGUGGCAGCAAAUAUUCCUUUCCAACACGUAGAGGAACAAGGAACUCCGAUACCUGAGCCCGUACAACUCAAAGUGGUUUACUGGUCUUUCCCGAGAAAUGAGCGAGAUAUUUGCAUGUACUCGUCUCUUCAUGCCACAGUUUCACACAACGAUGCAAAAAGGCUGCCAUUUCAGAGAGGUUUGGCUCUUCUUGAAGAAAACGCCGUCAGAGAUGUUCUACAAGUCGGUUUUCAACUGAGUGGAAAAGUCGUUGAGGAGGAAGACACAAAGUAUGGCGCUCAAAAAGAAGAAUAUAAUGUGUCAGUUGGUUUCGAUAGAUGUAAAAUAACCGAAGUGUCCUGCACUUGUGGUAACAAAGACAUUCUCUGGUGUCCUCACGUCGUUGCGCUUGCCCUGUACAGAAUUCGCAAUCCAGAAAAAGUCACUUUAAGGGUACCAAUCUCAGAGACAUUACUUCAAAUGAAUCGCGAACAACUUCAGAAACUGUUACAGUAUCUCAUAACUGAGCAUCACACCGAAGUUUUGCCGACUGCUCAGCGAUUGGCCGACGAGAUUCUGCUCAAAACUUCAGAGAUAAACCGUUUACCAGGCGCUCCUGAUCCAACCGCAGGCGCUGGAGCGGAUGAUGAAAGUUGCUGGCAUUUAGAUGCAGAACAAGUUAGGCAACAAGUUAGAAAUUAUUUGUCUCAAGGAGGGUAUUAUGGAAGCGGAAAACACCUUCUAUCGAUGUUUGCUAAGGUACGAGAAAUGCUUCGUGUCCAUGACAAUAAUGGCUCACGCAUGCUCAGACUCAUCACAGAGCAGUUUUUAGCUGACCCUCGACUACAAAUUUGGAAAGAACAAGGCACUUCGAUGAAUGAUAAGUGUCGACAGUUGUGGGAUCAACUCGGUGCAUUGUGGGUGUGCGUAGUGUUGAACCCAGACAGCACUUGUGCGGAAAAAGCCGCGUGGAAACAACAACUAGAAACAUGGAGCCGGCAAGAAGUUUGCCCGUUGGAAAAUCCAGAUGCUCAACUCGCAGACGAGAUUGACAAUGUUUCCGACGAAAUGUGCACGCGCCGUACCGUGUUUUCUAGGGCAAUGCACGCUUGUGAUUUGGACUGGGAAGACCACAUUUUAAAAUGCCUCAUUGGACGCGAAGGCCAAGAUAAAGAUAUUGAAUGCCUAACAUGGAAAGAGGACGUUCCCAUGGCAGCCGCACGUGUAGAUGCCCUACGAGCGCAUGGCUAUCCUCAAGAAGCCUUGCGAUUGGCUGUCGCUGUAGCACGAGGUAUGAAAGAGGAGCAGUUGGAGAAAGUUUACGAAAUGGAAGCUUUGUUGGAGAAGUUCAGCGAGGACGACAUUGCGGAGAAACUUUGCGAUGAAAGUACAGAAAGAGAUGGAUUUAUAGAGGGAUGGAUUGGACAUCAGCUCGAUCCAAUUGUUGUACUGUAUGACACUCUUAUCGAGGAAGCCAUCGGGCCUCAAGAUAGUGAAUCAGAGUUUGAAGGCAGUACAGAAUGUAAUGAAGUUAAAAACGUUACAAACGUUCCUCUUCCAGAAUGUGGGAACGGAAAUGACACCUUCUUAACAUUAGCUCUUGAAGUGGCCCUCAUGGGGCUGGGACAGCAACGAUCUAUCCCCGUGGGAUUCUACGCGCAGGACAAAGCUUGUCGUCAAGAGGAACAUCUCAUCGCACAGCUGAAUCUUCUAACUUUUGACAAUGUUUUGUAUCCUGUCCUCAAAACACAAACUGAACUUCUACUGAAGAGUGGGCCAUUCAGUAGCCUAGGACUUGGAGUGCAGAAAAACAGCAUUCCCAUGCACACGUUUGCACGAUUUUUAUUUAGCAACUUGAUGCAAAAGGAUUUACAUCUUGCCUUUGAUCUUGGCCUCCGCGCAAUGCGUUUCUUAGCGUUGGAUGACUUCCCAGGUGACAUUGCGGACGAGGAGAUACCCGCGGUGGGCCAUGCUAGGUCCACUCGAUUGUACACUCUAGGACACUUGCAAUCUCAGCAGUGUGAGCUAGCAUCGCGCCUACUUAAUGCUGCAAAGGACUCUUCUGAACGUCUACCAGCCAUUCUACAAGCCUCACAACAGCACGUACACUCUGCAACUCAGCUAUUUCGUCUGGCGCAAGACGCUUUCAAACUGUCCACUGAUCAGGCGUCAGAAACACGCGACCCUGACAUGCUUCACUUUGCGAUGGAACUGGGUCUCAAAGUGCUACAGAUGACGCUGAAUGCUCACAACUGGAGGCGGCGUGACAUGGUGCAGUGGGUCAUAGAAUGCGCCGUGGAAUCUGGCACAUCUGCUCUCAGCCACAUCAUGAAGAGCUGGAGCACGCUGUUCACUCCAACAGAAGCCACAUCUCAGGUGGCUACUGCCGUGAUGGCACCUUCCACGGCGGCGCGUCUUGAGCUAACAGUGAUCGAGAAGGAAGCGCUUAUGUGUUGUGCUCGAGCCUUGGCUCUGCAGUGCGCCAGCCGAGACCCACAGCGCUGCUGCCUUUCUACGUUAACGCUCUGCGAGAAAAACCCUGCUACCUUUGAGACAGCUUAUCGCUUAGUUGUAGAGUCGGCCGCCGUGAUUCCACCGACACAACUCUUCGCCAUUGCGCGCUACAUGGACUACCGCGGCUAUCCUCAGAGAGCUUUCAAACUUGCCACUCUUGCCAUGAAACACUUCACCCUCGCUUACAACCAAGACAGCCACCCAUCUAUCGGAGACAUUCACUGGGCAUGCGCUCUGUCCCAAGCUCUUGGCUACAACGAACUCACACAGAUCAUUCCACUCAUCGUCAAAGCAGUACACUGUCCAACGGUGCUAUCAGAUUUGCUUUUCCGGUGCACCCUUGCAAAGGCCGCUGUGGAGGAGGCCCAGAAUGGGCAAUAUUACGUUAAGGACAAUAGCAGGGUGACCUGCGAAGAAGAACCUUUGAGGCAGCUUUUGGAGGGAACCAUUAGCGCAUAUGUGAACACUGCACAUAGCAGACUGAAUCACAUUAGUCCCAAGCAUUAUAUGGACUUCAUCACAUUCCUCAGCAAAGCACAGGAAACUUUUCUUUUAGCUUCUGACGGAAAUGGACGCUUCAACGCGCUCAUAAACAAUAUGAAAGUUUUGUACAAAGGAAAGAAAAAGCUUAUGCAGCUAGUCAAAGAAACAUUCGGUUAA